AUGGGGGGGGGGAUGAUAUAUGGGGUAAAAGGGGGGGUGUUUUUUGUUGGUUUUGGGGUGAGAUUGGGUUUUAUUUUUGGGGUUGGGGAGUAUAUGGUGGAGGUGGGGUUGAGGGGUGGGGGUGUAAUGUUUUUGGGGAUGGGGUUUGGAGUGUGGGGGGGAUGGGGGGGUAGGGUGGGUAGGAGGGAAGGGGGGGGGUGGGGGUUGGGGGUUUUUGAUGUAUGGAUGUGGGAGUUUUGUGUGGUGUAG